CCGAAAUAUGGCGUACAAUUUGAAAAAAGAGAGAAGUUUAGUUGAUGAGCUUGAGAGAGCCACAGUCUUGGCAAAUCGAAUAGUAGAACAAUUGUAUGAAUACGUCCAAAAGGAAGCCCAUUACAAUGGACUAGUUGAUUGUGUUGUAUGGGCCAUAGAGAAAUUGUCCAGUACUUACAAACUGGAAGAUGACUACUCGAACGAUGGAUGAGCAAAAGAGAUUUGCAAAGAGUACUAAGAGACAAUAUUCAACUAGUGAUUAUCAAUAUAGAAUUGCUCGUUGUACUAUCCGUAGGCAAUACUAUGAAUAAAAAUUCUAGCUUAUAUGAGAUGUCUCGUAAUCAAGCGAAACAACUAGAAACUGGAUGAAUGAAUGAGAAACUAACUUUCACAACCUAAUAAGUAUUAAGCUAAGGAUCUGGCAACCGAGUCGAU